AUGAUAAGAUCAACGGUUAAGAAUCUCCUCACUAGGAGACAUUAUCAGCCAAACCUGAAAAGAAAUCCGCCAACCACUUUGCUUUUGAAGCAAAAAAUACGAUUGGCUCAAAAUGUCGACAACACCAGUAAUGAAAGCCCCAUUUCAUUUUCACAGACAAUAUCUGAGGUAUUCAGUGUCUUGCAGCCAAAUGCGCCAGAUCCAGAUGAAGACAAAACCGCCGCUUUGGAACGUGAUCUCCUCUUGACUGAACGUCUAGAUAACGGCGAGCUUAGCGCGAUCAUAAACAAACACUUCCAUCCAUCGUCGUCGUCGUCGCGUAACAAUCAAUUGAUAGACACGGAGGUUUUGUUGCAAAAUUUCCCGAGGCUAAAUGAGAAUGAUCUCGUUCUAUUGAAUUUUGCCAUAGAUGAAAACAUCCAGCGAGAUUGGAAUGGUUUAAAGCAAGACUUCAUUCAACUAUGGUAUUUCAAAUCGUUCGGCUUCAUUGGGCCUCGAUCCCGAUUCGUUCAGACAAACUCACACUCUUCACUGAGGUCCCAAUUCUUGCAACUUCCAUUGAUCGAGUAUAAUUGGUUACUUCUACAGAAUAAUAAAAGUAUAAAUUUAUCGCCUACCAACCUACGAAAGCUGACCGACAUUUUCCAGUUAGAUGAUAAAAAGUUCACUUGGAAAAGCAUAGAUCCGUUCAGUAAGGCUAUAAUCUCAUUUGUCGUUUUCGUUUCCAUAUUUGUGUGGCUUGAUGAAAGUGCAAAACAAAAAAAUAAGAGGCUAUCUGUGGAGAACACCACAAUGCCAGUGUAA